AUGCGCCUGGCCGGCGGCGCCGGCUCCCCCCGGGCUGUGCCCUCGCCCGGGAAUGACAGCCGGUGGCGGGCGGAGGAGCCCGGCGGCGGCAGCAGCCCCAGUCCCGAGGCGUGGUCGGGGUCGCCGAACGGCAGCCUGGGCGGCUGGGAUCCCUUCGGGCGGGACGAGGAGCUGGCGAAGCUGGAGAUCGCGGUGCUGGCCGUCACCUUCGCGGUGGCGGUGGUGGGGAACGGCAGCGUGCUGCUGGCCCUGCGGCGCACGCCGCGCAAGGCGUCCCGCAUGCACCUCUUCAUCCGCCACCUCAGCCUGGCCGACCUGGUGGUAGCCUUCUUCCAGGUGCUGCCCCAGCUCUGCUGGGAGGUGACCCACCGCUUCCACGGCCCCGACGGGCUCUGCCGCGUCGUCAAGCACCUGCAGGUCUUCGGCAUGUUCGCCUCGGCGUACAUGCUGGUGGCCAUGACCGCCGACCGCUACAUCGCCGUCUGCCACCCGCUGAAGACGCUGCAGCAGCCCACCAAGCGCUCGUACGGGAUGAUCGCGGCGGCCUGGGCGCUCAGCCUGCUGCUCAGCACCCCGCAGUACUUCAUCUUCUCCCUCAGCGAAGUGGAGCGCGGCUCGCAGGUCUACGACUGCUGGGCGCACUUCAUCAUGCCCUGGGGGCCCCGCGCCUACAUCACUUGGAUCACCGGCGGCAUCUUCAUCGCGCCUGUCCUCAUCCUCAUCAUCUGCUACGGCUUCAUCUGCUACCGCAUCUGGCGCAACGUGCGGGGCAAGACGCGCCCGGGGGAGGCGGCAGCGGCGGGCGGCGGGCGGCGGGCGGGUGAUGAUGGUGGCCCGCGACGAGGGCUGCUGCUCGCCCCUUGUGUCAGCAACGUCAAAACCAUCUCCCGCGCCAAGAUCCGCACCGUCAAGAUGACCUUCGUGAUCGUCUCGGUGUACGUCGUUUGCUGGGCGCCCUUCUUCACCAUCCAGAUGUGGUCCGUCUGGGACCAGCGCUUCCCCUGGGUCGAUUCUGAAAACACUGCGACAACAGUCACGGCUCUGCUGGCCAGCCUGAACAGUUGCUGUAACCCGUGGAUCUACAUGUUCUUCAGUGGGCACCUCCUCCAAGACUGCCUACAGAGCUUCCCUUGCUGCCAAAAAAUAAAGCAAACGCUGAGUAAGGAAGAUUCAAACAGCAAUAGCAGGCGACAGACUUCUUUCACCAACAACAGAAGCCCAACCCACAGCCUGAACACAUGGAGAGAGAUGCCCCACUCCAAAUCGACCAGCUUCAUCCCCAUUCCAACGUGA